CAUUCCGUGCGCCGAGAAAUCGAUUUGUUUUCAUUCGUUCGCUUAUCAAUCUCACUACGCCACCCACCAACCAGACAAUUCGAGACAAAGUUUUUAAAAUAAUACAUUUUAUUUACGUGUACCUACCUUCGUUACAAAUUCGGUCUACAAUAUGGGUACAACGGAACCAGGUAGGAAAUAAUCAGUCGACGCGUAGUGACGAAGAAAGGAGGAUGCUGUUCGAUUACAACCAUCAAAAAACGCUCGAUAAGAGAUAACAACGAGGUUGUUAUCUGACGCAGUAGUGCUACGCUACUGGCGACGAUCCUUGAGCAAAAAGUGUUUGCACUAGCCCAAAAUUAGUGAGGUGGACUAGCUGAGGUGAACAGCACACGGAAAUGGAUGAAGUUCGAAAUCGAUUUGGCGAUGCGUUCCAGACCGUCCAGAUCAGUGUUAGCGAUAAGUAAAAACAUAUGGAUUGUAUGGCGAUAAUUGCUUAAGACUUAAGGAUAAAGCUUAAAACAGUGUUCAUAGCUUAAUCAUCUGUUUCCUCGUUCGCUUCAAAUCUACACACUCACCGAACGAAAACAGUCCAACAUCAGUAUGGCCACCGAAACAGGGCUGCGGGUCGUGAGGCAGUACUCUGACGAGGGUCGCAAUAUGGCUAUGAGAGCGAUAAACGACGCAAAUAUCGAAGCAAACAGCAUGUUGAGAAAUGCUUGGGUCAAUGUGCUGGACCUGAUUGAAAGACUGAAAAAUACUGCCAGAGAAGUUGCCGAUCCGUCGAUCAUCUAUGAACAGUUGCAGAUACUUUUCAGAGAUGAAAUUUCUCUUAACAAUGCCUUCUUCGUGCUGGUGGGCCUUGGAUUUGGCACUACUGGGGGUGUGCUGUUAGGAUUUUGGCUUGCGAGACCCCACAUAGCCAUGCCCAUAAUGAAAUCGAUUGCCUGCACUUCCUUUCGGGAUCCGGACAACGUGGCAGUUUGCAAUACCGGAGUUCCUCCGUUUGAGUCUUCCAGCGACAUACUGGUACGGGUUCGAGCAGCAGCCCUAAACCGGAUAGACCGCCGAAUAGCAUUCGGAUAUGGACGAACACUGCGAAGAUUGAUUAAGAACUACGAUUCUAGCUAUAAUACCGAGCUACCACUGGUGCUGGGUCGGUCUUGCGCCGGAAUUGUGGAAGCAGUUGGCAAGACUUCGAAAAGUGGACUCGAAAUAGGCGACGAAGUUUGGCUUGCUGCCCCUUGGUACGAGUCGGGCACUGCUUCGGAGCUGGUUGUGGUCCCCGAGACUCGAAUAUCCCGCAAACCGUUCCUGAUUGGGUUUGAAGGUGCAGCAAGUUUACCCUACAGUGGUUGUAUAGCUCUCAGUUUAAUGGAUGCGCAUGGUUUAACCGAGCAUACGUCUAAGGGCAAGCGAGUGCUGGUGCAGGAUGCCUGUUCUCCGGUGGGGUGCGUGAUUACACAGCUGGCGAAUAAGUGGGGAGCAAAUGUGGCCGUUACCUGCCACACCAGAUCGGCUCCGGUCAUCCACGAAUUAGGUGCUGCAGACAUCAUUACAUUUGCAAACGAACACUUCCGAGCCAACUUCAUCGACGUCAACGUGGAAAAAUCGAAUCUGAUCAACGAAUUGACACCGCGAGAGAAGUUCGACUACAUCUUCCUAACCACCCGCAUCGCGUACGAUCACAAAUUUUUGGAGAAGUUCCUCACCAAACACGGCAUCAUUAUCGACGCCGUUGAACCGGAACUGGCCUCGGAUGAAUAUGGACCACUGAUGCGGGUACUUUUAGCAAUGCUGGUAAAGUUUCGCAAGAUGAUGGCGGUUAUUUUUCGAACCCAUCCCGACUGUGGUGGUCCACACUUGUGCCACCACGGGCUGGAGCGGUUGGCUGGUUUCGUGAAUGACGAGACGCUGAAAACUGUCGUCGAUAGGGUUUACACGCCAGGCGAGGUCGAACGAGCAUUAGAUCAUAUAUGUAGCGAAAAAAGUAUUGGUAGUACGAUCAUUACCUUCCGGUAGAUAUAAGGAAACGACUCUGACGCGUGGGAACAAUACUACCAUCUUACAGUUACAACACAACUCAAUAGUCUGAAAUCAUCUCGUCGUCGUUGUUUUUUUUAUACAAUCAGUGUCCCAUUCAAGACAUAUUGUGACUAAUAUACAGUGUUUUUGUCUUUUUCGUCUUUGAAUACCAGGUACUUAUACAUCAACUUCCUGAUUACAGUAACCGUAACAACAGUUACGUAUCUUCGAUUAUCAAGCAAUCGGUAAUAUUUCAUAAAAAGUAGUGUGUUCCCAGCAUUUGUUAUGUACAUAAUUCAUCUUGCCAUAGCACCUUUUAUUUUUGAAAUGUUUUUUUUCUCGUUUCUAUUGUUUUUAGUUAAGAAAGGCACGAAACUAUUGCAAUAAAUGUGAAUCAAAUUCA